CUAAAGUUUACGAACUUUAUAGUUCAAAAAAGCAAAAAAGCAGAAUAUUAUGAGCUACAGUUUUGUUUGUUGUGAGAAUAUACUAUAAGCUUCAAGCAAUACAAUUUAUUAAAUUAUUAUUACAACAUAUUUCUAAAAUGAAGUGGUUUGCAAUCAAGGUUAUUAUUGUAAUUGUGUUUGGGAUUUUUAUUAAUCAUACUUUCGCGGAAGUAGAAGACCACGUGAUGAAAGCUGUAAUUUUUUAUGAGCCUUUUUGUCCAUAUACACGAGGAUUUAUUGAACAAGAAGUAAAUCCAUUUUUUGAAGGACAUUUAUCGAAGUUCGUUAAAUUUGAAAUAGUACCAUACGAUUCCAGGUCUCCAGAUGGAAAAGUAUUAUGCAAUGGUAACCGGAAAACGGCAUGCUCUCUUGGUUUGAUUGACCCUACAAAAAAUAAUACAAAUAGCCAUUCUAACUCACAGUGUUUGAAGUUCGCCAUACAGUUUAUUAGACACUUGAGAGAUCAGUUUCACCAAGUAUCUGUCGACAAUGUUGAUCAAAAAUGCGAGGUUGCUGCCUUGGGUUCUCAUUUUCCAGAUAAAUUUCAAGACGUCCAAUUGGGAACAUAUUACCCUAUAACAAACGAGACCCUUGUUGAUGAACUGCAAUAUAUUUUAAACAAUAUGUCGCAAAAAAAUUAUGGAUAUGAAAAAGAAUUCCAGAGCCACAUAUUUUUCUCACUUGAUUACGACGUAAAAGAAAAAUGUAUAAACAAGUCUACAAGUUUACAGAAAAGUGGCUCACAUGAGAAAUAUUCGUUUAAGAUGUUAGCAUUGAUUUUUUUAGUUUUGUAUUUGGUUACUAAAUUUUAAAAACUUAAUAAAACGUAACUGUAUCUAAA